AAAAAAAAAAAACCAUCAAAGUCUCUCCGCCGCUCCAAACAGAUCGAAAACCUAAAUUCUCGCUCUCUCUCUCGCUCUCUCUCCGAUCGAAACCAUGUCUGAUGUCCCCGUCAAGCUCUCCAGUUCAACAGUAGUCAUCUGGGACUUGGAGGAAUGCCCGAUCCCAGAAGGUCUAGAUGCUUCCGAUGUUUGUAGAAACGUGAAUGAGUCGCUUCAUCAGGGUGAGGGUUAUGUUCUAAUCAGGGCAUACUUCGACUUUUUUAAGUUCAUUGGUGAAAUUGGAAGUAGUACUGUACAAGUUAUACACGUACCUUCAGAAGCUAAAGAGGAGAGACGUAAAAAGAUUUUAGUGGAAUUGUUAGCAUUUGUAGCCAAAUUCUAUUACACACCAGUAAACAUAAUGCUCGUCGUUGGAGACAUCUCAGAACAUCACCAGUUCAGAAGGGCUCUCAUCUUUUUGAAAAAUCAGAAUUUCCACAAUGUUUUCUUGGCACUGCCUCAUCUUCCAUCAUCCGAGGAGGUCCUUGAUACAGUAAGUGGGUUUUGGCUUUGGAAAAACCUAUCGCUGGGAGGACCUCCUCGUUUUUUCUCUCCCAUUCCAAAUGUGGGCCUUGCGAGGCAUAUCGACUUGUCCUGUAAGAACGCAGACAGUAAGAAGACAUGUGUUUUCUGGGACGUCGUGGAUUGCCCGAUGCCUGAAGGUUACGGUGGUGUUAGGGAUGUUUCGCAGAACAUUAGACAGUCACUUAAGAAAUCCGGUUACAACGGUGAGGUAUCCAUCAGGGCUUAUGUGAAUCAGACCAAUGAUGAUUUCAACGAGUAUGCUUCUACCGACCCGGGAUUCAAGAUCUUACUUGCUCCACAAGGAGAUAGAGAUGCUAGACUUGAGAUGCUUCUAGUGGACCUUAUGAUCUGGGCAAUUGAAAAUCGUCCACCUGCAAAUUUUAUGCUUAUCCUUGGGGACAUCUUCGUGGGAGAUCAUCAUGAUUACAGGGAGUUCGUCAGGGCAUUUGUCACCUUGAAACGUUACACGUCUCUCUUGGCACAGCCUCAAAAGUCUGUAGUGAUGAAGUAUGCGGUAACGAAAUGGCUUUGGAAAAGCCUAUCAACUGGAGGAGACCAUCUUGAUGAUGCUGCCCUAAGUGAAACUUCACAAGGUAUUGACAAUAAUAAUUGUAUGGUUAACGCUGGAGGAGACCAUCUUGAUGAUGCUGCCCAAAGCGAAAGUUCACAAGGUAUUGACAAUAAUACUUGUACAAUUAACGCUGGAGGAGACCAUCUUGAUGCUGCUGCCCAAAGCCAAAGUUCACAAGGUAUUGACAAUAAUACUAGUACGGUUAGCGCUGGAGGAGACCAUCUUGAUGCUACUGCCCAAAGCGAAUGUUCACAAGGUAUUAACAAUAAUAAUUGUACGGUUACCGUUGGGGGAGACCAUCUUGAUGCUGCUGCCCAAAGCCAAAGUUCACAAGAUAUUGACAAUAAUACAUGUACGGUUAGCGUUGCGGGAGACCAUCUUGAUGCUGCCCAAAGCCAAAGUUCACAAGGCUCCUAUCCAAUAUCUCCCUCGGUUAAUAAAAACACUGUGAAAGCCGCAACACGCUCUUCUUACAUGCCUCACUUCAUUGACACUAAGACUAAGAAGACAUGUGUUUUCUGGGACGUCGUGGAUUGCCCUAUGCCUGAAGGUCACAGUGUUACGCAAAACAUUAGACAGUCACUUAAGAAAUCGGGUUACAACGGUGAGGUAUCCAUCAGGGCUUAUAUGAAUCAGACCAAUGAUGAUUUUAACGAGUAUGUUUCUACCGACCCCGGAUUCGAGAUCAUACUUGCUGAAGGAGAUAGAGUUGCGAGACUUGAGAUGCUUCUAGUGGACCUUCUAAUCUGGGCAAUUAAGAAUCGUCCACCUGCAAAUUAUAUGCUUAUCCUUGGGGACAUCUUCGUGGGAGAUGAUGAUGAUUACAGGGAGUUUGUCAAGGCAUUCGUCCGGUUGGAAUAUAGACAUUUCACAUGUCUCUUGGUACAGCCUCAAAAGUCAUUAGUCAUGAGAGAUUAUGCGGUAAAAAAAUGGUGGCUUUGGAAAUACUUAUCAACUGGAGUAGACCAUCUUGAUGCUGCUGAUGCUGCCCAAAGCGAAAGUUCACAAGGUGUUGACAAUACUUGUAGUGCAAGUAGUUCAUAAGGUGUCUGUCUGUGCGUAGCCCUGAAGUCUAUCUAUAUGCAGAGAAAAAUUGUGGAGCUACUCAGGGUUAUUUUCUUAACUUUUGUUUCGAUGUCGGUCUCUUCUCGUCCUAGUUACUCUUUCAUUUUAUUGCAUAAAAACUCUGCUAUCCAAUAUCUCCCUCUCAUGAAAAUAUAUAGUCACAAUGGAAGAAAAUUUUGCAAG